AUGGAGUCUCCUCCAUUCUCCUCCAGUCUCCUUCAGUCUCCUUCUAGUCUCCUCCAGUCUCCUUCUAGUCUCCUCCAGUCUCCUUCUAGUCUCGACCCGUCUCCUUCUAGUCUCGACCCGUCUCCUUCUAAUCUCCUCCACUCUCCUCCAGUCUCCUUCUAUCUCCUUCUAGUCUUCUCCAGUCUCCUUCUAGUCUCCUCCAGUCUCAUCUAUCUCCUACAGUCUCCUCUAGUCUCCUUCAGUCUCCUUCUAGUCUCGACCCGUCUCCUUCUAGUCUCGAUCCGUCUCCUUCUAUCUCCUUCUAGUCUCCUCCAGUCUCCUUCUAGUCUCGACCCGUCUCCUUCUAGUCUCGACCCGUCUCCUUCUAAUCUCCUCCACUCUCCUCCAUCUCCUACAGUCUCCUCUAGUCUCCUUCAGUCUCCUUCUAGUCUCGACCCGUCUCCUUCUAGUCUCGAUCCGUCUCCUUCUAGUCUCCUCCACUCUCCUCCAUUCUCCUUCUAUCUCCUCCAGUCUCCUUCUAGUCUCGACCCGUCUCCUUCUAGUCUCGACCCGUCUCCUUCUAGUCUCCUCCACUCUUCUCCAUUCUCCUUCUAUCUCCUCCAGUCUCAUCUAGUCUCCUCCAGUCUCCUCCAGUCUCCUCCAGUCUCCUCCAGUCUCCUCUAUCUCCUCCAGUCUCCUUCUAGUCUCCUCCAGUCUCCUCUAGUCUCCUCCAGUCUCCUCCGGUCUCCUUCUAGUCUCCUUCUAGUCUCCUUCGAGUCUCCUCGAGUCUCCUCGAGUCUCCCACUAAGAGACGAGUGGGACAGCUGCCACUCAGAGGAAGAGGAGGAGGAGGAAGAGGAGGAAGAGGAGGAGGAGGAAGAGGAGGAGGAGGAAGAGGAGGAAGAGGAGGAGGAAGAGGAGGUGGAAGAGGAGGUGGAAGAGGAAGAGAAGGAAGAGGAGGUGGAAGAGGAAGAGAAGGAAGAGGAGGUGGAAGAGGAGGAGGAGGAAGAGGAAGAGGAAGAGGAAGAAGAGGAGGAGGAGGAAGAGGAUGAGAAGGAAGAGGAGGUGGAAGAGGAAGAGGAGGAAGAGGAAGAGAAGGAAGAGGAGGUGGAAGAGGAAGAGGAGGAAGAGGAAGAGAAGGAAGAGAAGGUGGAAGAGGAGGAAGAGGAAGAGGAGGAGGAGGAAGAGGAGGAGGAAGAAGAGAAAGAAGAGGAGGAGGAAGAGAAGGAAGAGGAGGAGGAGGAGGAGGAGGAAGAGGAGGAGGAGGAGGAAGAGGAGGUGGCAGAGGAGGAAGAGGAGGAGGAAGAGAAGGAAGAGGAGGAAGAGAAGGAAGAGGAGGUGGAAAAGGAAGAGGAGGAGGAAGUGGAAGAGAAGGAAGAGGAGGAGGAGGUGGAAGAGGAGGAGGAAGAGAAGGAAGAGGAGGAUGAGGUGAAAGAGGAAGAGGAGGGGGAGGAGGAGGAAGAGGAAGAGAAGGAGGAAGAGGAGGAGGAAGAGGAAGAGGAGGAGGACCUCACACUUCUAUCAUAA